AUGAAAAAAUCAAGCGGAUAUAAAUACAAUGAGAAUUGGAUGAAUCGGAAUCAGUUUCGACUGACUUCAUCAAUCAUGUUUCUUCGUAUCUUCGUGUUCUUGUCUCUCGUCUACACUGUCUCCACGGUCAGCGUAGUUGCUUGUGAGACGUUCUGCUCGUAUGUGAAUGGCGGACCAUCCAGCAACUACUGUUCCCCAUUCCGAAGCUUCGCUGCUGCCCAGAACCGAACCUGCUUCUUGUUGUGCGUCAGAAGAUGUCUCAAAACUGGAGGAACCUGCCGCGUCAACCCGGAUUACAAAUGCUGCUUGAAGACGACCCCAAGAAAGAAAGGAAACAAUCAAUUCCAGAAGAGUGGAUGCAACCGAAUGUACGAUUGGCUGUAUGAUUAA